CGGGCCCCCGACGCCUUUGCCAUGCGGGUUCGGCUGGAGGAGACCGGGGAGAUGUUCCGUGUGACCAACUGCCGCAGCGACAUGACCGUGCGGGAGCUCAAGGAGGAGCUGGAUCUCAUGGUCGGCAUCCCCUUCAACCUCCAGCGGCUCCAGUACCUGGACCAAGGAAUUUUGAUGGAUGAUGCCACAUUAAAGUUCCAUGAUGUUGUUCCUGGUGGAAUUAUUUCGUUAUGUAUCUGGCAUUAUGAUGGAUGGACGGAACUGGUUUUGGCGUCUGUGGAAGGGGACCUCAGUAAGCUCUCAAGUCUAGGUAUCACUGAAGAUUCUUUCUACCGAACUGCAAAUUCAGAGCAUUUCAAAGGCAAGAAGUGGCAGAACUGGGCAUCUCAGAGAGCCUUCGUGGCAUUGUAUAUUACAUCACACAGAGGUCACUCCGAUGCUGUACAGUACCUUCUAGAACAUGGUGCCAACUGUCUGUCCAAGUCACCUGUGGGCAGGACCGCCCUGCACGUGGCCGCAGCCAUGGGCCAUCUGGACUGCAUUAGUCUUCUGCUGGACUCUGGCGCUUCCAUCAACGACAAAGACGCCAAGGGGGAGACCCCCAUCUCCAUCGCUCGACGCCUGAACCGCAAGCAGAGUGAGAGACGGAUGUUCCUCAUCCAAUGGAUGGCCAAGUCGGGAAUCAAGGGUUCAGUGGACAGAGCUGCCAAGGUGUUACAGCGAGCCAAGGCUGCGUCAGGUUCUAAGAAGAAGGUCAAACCUUAG